UCGGAUCUGCUGCUGGCGCCUUGGUUGCCAUUUUGACUGACGCCUUGUUCGGAGUAUCGUAAACAGUUUUGACUUCCGCUGACCACGUUCGGUGCGGUUACGACGAGGACGCUAUGUCGAAACGCAGGAUCGAAGUUGUGGACCCUUACGUUAAACGAAAAGCAGAUGGCUCAACAUCCAACAGCGCAACUGCCACAGGAUCCACGGCGGCCAAGAGUCAAGUGCAAUUCAAUCCCUAUACUUUGCUACCGUACACACCAAGAUAUUAUGAACUUUAUAAGAAGAGGAUAACUCUACCAGUAUUUGAAUAUCGUACUGACUUCAUGAGAUUGUUAUCUCAGCAUCAAUGUAUUGUUCUUGUUGGAGAAACUGGUUCUGGCAAAACCACUCAGAUACCACAAUGGUGUGUAGAGUAUUCAAGAGGUAUUGGAAACAAAGGAGUUGCUUGUACUCAACCCAGGAGAGUAGCAGCAAUGAGUGUGGCUCAACGAGUUUCAGAGGAAAUGGAUGUUGCCUUAGGUCAAGAAGUAGGAUAUAGCAUUCGCUUUGAAGAUUGUAGUUCACCAAGAACUGUAUUAAAGUACAUGACAGAUGGUAUGUUACUUCGUGAGGGUAUGUCUGAUCCCAUGUUGGAUGCAUAUCAAGUGAUAUUGCUUGAUGAAGCUCAUGAAAGAACGUUAGCUACUGACUUGCUUAUGGGUGUUUUGAAAGAAGUGAUCAAACAGAGACCAGACUUGAAACUUGUGAUUAUGAGUGCUACCUUAGACGCCGGCAAGUUUCAGCAGUAUUUUGAUAAUGCACCGCUUAUGAAUGUACCUGGUAGAACACAUCCGGUCGAGAUAUUUUAUACGCCAGAACCGGAAAGGGAUUAUCUGGAAGCUGCAAUCAGGACUGUCAUUCAAAUUCAGAUGUGUGAGGAAAUUCCUGGUGAUCUUUUGCUGUUUCUAACUGGCCAGGAGGAAAUCGAGGAAGCAUGCAAGAGAAUUAAAAGAGAAAUGGAUAAUUUGGGACCAGAAGUCGGUGAAUUGAAGUGUAUACCAUUAUAUUCGACCCUGCCCCCGAAUCUUCAACAGAGAAUAUUUGAACCUGCUCCAUGCACCAAGCCCAACGGUGCUAUUGGUCGUAAAGUUGUAGUAUCGACUAACAUCGCAGAAACGUCCUUAACUAUCGACGGAGUUGUCUUUGUGAUAGAUCCUGGUUUUGCCAAGCAAAAAGUGUACAAUCCUAGAAUUCGUGUUGAGUCACUUUUAGUGUCGCCUAUUAGCAAAGCCUCGGCGCAGCAACGAGCCGGUCGAGCUGGUAGAACACGGCCUGGAAAGUGCUUUAGAUUAUAUACGGAAAAGGCGUAUAAAAACGAGAUGCAGGAUAAUACGUAUCCUGAGAUAUUGCGUUCGAAUUUGGGAAGUGUCGUGUUGCAACUGAAGAAACUUGGUAUCGAUGACCUGGUUCAUUUUGAUUUUAUGGAUCCACCUGCACCUGAAACUCUUAUGAGAGCUUUGGAAUUGUUGAAUUAUCUUGCGGCUCUUGACGAUGACGGCAACUUGACAGAUCUCGGAGCAAUUAUGGCGGAAUUUCCACUCGAUCCUCAGUUGGCAAAAAUGCUUAUAGCGUCUUGCAAUCAUAAUUGCAGUAAUGAGAUACUCAGCAUCACAGCUAUGCUCUCAGUCCCACAGUGCUUUGUGAGACCGAACGAAUCAAAGAAGGCCGCAGAUGACGCAAAAAUGAAAUUUGCACAUAUCGAUGGUGAUCACCUCACGUUGCUUAACGUGUACCAUUCCUUUAAACAACAUAUGGACGAUGUUCAAUGGUGUUACGACAACUAUGUAAAUUAUCGGUCUUUGAAGAGCGGAGACAACGUGAGACAACAGUUGAGCAGAAUAAUGGAUAGAUUUUUGUUGAAGCGCACGUCGACGGAUUUUAAUUCGAAGGAUUAUUACAUUAACAUUAGAAAAGCUCUUGUUAAUGGCUUUUUUAUGCAGGUGGCUCAUUUAGAGAGGACUGGACAUUAUCUAACUAUAAAAGAUAAUCAGGUAGUACAGCUUCAUCCCAGCAGUUGUCUGGAUCACAAACCGGAAUGGGUUAUUUAUAACGAGUUCGUGCUCACUACUAAAAAUUACAUAAGAACAGUCACUGAUAUUAAACCCAUAUGGUUGCUAACGAUAGCGCCUCAAUAUUACGAUUUACAAAAUUUCCCUCAAUGUGAAGCAAAAAGACAACUGGAAAUGAUCCAGGCAAAGUUGGAGUCAAAGCCGUAUCAAGAAGGCUUCUAACCUCUAUAUAUUUUAGAUUGGAAAUCACGAGAAACUGUCAAAAAUGCUCAGUCAACUUGCUUGUAUCACAUCAAAUCUUGGCACAUAAUUUUUUCACGUAUCAAAACAUAUACAUACAUCACAUGAGAGAAACACAAAGGGAAUUUAAAUUUUCUGUCCUUCACUUGAGACAAAACAAAAACACAAAAUAUCUUUGUACAAGCCUAGAAAUGCUUGUAUAAAGAUAUGUACAAAAAAAUGUGGGAUGUAUAAAAAUUUAAAUAUUUAAAUAUUUUCGAUGCUUAAGCUCCAAAAAUCGAAAAAAAAAAAGCGAAUUAUUAGUUCGAGGCACAGCAAAGGAAUAGAUCAAUCAAUCAAUAAAGGGGGAUUAUUUAUGUAUAUUUAAGUAAGAAAAGAAUUAUAUAGUCUCUAAGUAAUUUUAACAGUAGAGUUCGUUAAUCGACGUUUAUAUUUGGACGCAUUCGGAAUAUCGCUAGAUAAUAUAAAAUAGAUUAAUUUUUGUAUUAAAUGUUGAUUAUAUAUCAUGAAGAAGGUAAUAUAUAAAAAUGGCCACUACAUUAAAGAUAUGAGCAUUCUAUAUUUAUGUAACAUUUAAACAAAUUAGACUUUUAGUGUAACACUAAAUCGUCCUCUCCUUUUUGUUUGCCACUUACAACACCAUUUUAGUGACUUGAUGUUUUGUGCUUUCGAAUAGAACAAAUUCAAACUCACUUGUAAUUACAUUAACAACAAAUUGCAGAAAAGCAAUGAUAUUUUCGAAAUAAAUGAAAAAAGAAACUUAUAUGUAAUAUGAUGAAGAAUAAUACGCUUAUUAUAAAUAGAUGUGUGUGUGUUAACUUUUGAUUUAAUUUGAGAUAACAAAAAACGAGAAAUAUUGAACAAAUUAACUUCUAAGUGGAUCUGUCGAGUCUGAGAGAAAAUAAACCGCUGAAGAACUUAUAUAACAAUAUAAUAAAAAAAAUACGUAUAUUUCUCAGAAUGUAAGAUAUAUUCAUCGCUAUUGAAACGCAUUUAACAGUGGCCAGUUUAUGGAAAAACGUUCAGUGUAACGCAUCAUCUUUGUUAGCACUCGAAAACAAAUAAACUUGAGUAUCCUAAGA